AAAAACCCAGAUUGCCCUCGAAUAUGUUUACCAACGCUGGAGCGAGAGUGGUUGUCAUGUUUUCUGGGUGCAGGGAAGUGGGUUCCUAAAAUUUAGCGAGGGAUUCCGGGAUAUUGCACAACAUGUUCGAGUUCCUGUAGCCAGUGCCGACACAGACGAGGAAGGAUUUCUGUUCAGUAUAAAGAGGUGGUUUGAAGGUCCUAACAGCGGCGAUUGGAUCCUGGUUAUUGACAACGCCGACAACGAGGAGGACUUUGCUGCCAACAACAGUCCGAUUGCUAAGUUUGUACCUCAAGGCACCCGAGGUACUCUGAUCUUCACCACAAGAUCUCUCCAGGUUGCACACCGGCAGGGGUGCAAAAUGAUCAAUGUCGGAAAAAUGAAGAAGAAGGAGGCCCAAGCCCUGUUUUCGGAACAUUUCGGCAGCCGGAGAACUUUGAGGGACAAGGAAAAAAAAGCUGUUGCGAGGAUCCUAGGCUCUGUGGAUUACUUGCCACUGGCUGUCGUGGGUACAGCAGCUUUCAUGGUUGAGAACAGAACACUGCCCUCCAGCUACUGGGCCACUUUCCAACAGAACGAUAAGCGAAUGAGGGAGCUACUUUCACAGCAGUUCAGAGACAUCCAUCGGGAGGCGGAUAUGACGGAAAGUAUCUUGGGCACGUACUUCAUCACCUUUGACCAAAUUACGAAGCAGCUGCCCGCAGCGGGGCGUCUCUUGCGGCUGAUCGCAUUUUUCGAUCGUCAAAAUAUACCGGAGCAGCUACUAAAGGAUUCCGGCGUGGAAGGGAUGGAGUGUUCGGUUGAAUUUUUUCAGGCUAUUGGAAAACUGUCUCGAUUCUCGCUGGUUACCACUGUCCAACGGGAAGACAAGACGUUCUAUGAGCUCCAUCGCUUAAUCCAACAAUCUAUACAGACCUAUCUAUCACCGGAAGAGUUGGGUAAAUGGAGUGCCGCUGCACUAGGAGUGAUUUCGCGCGUGUUCCCUAAAUAUGAUCACGAUCAGCGGGAUAUUUGCCAGUCAUACAUUCCGCAUGCUCUUGCGGUAACCAAAGGUAGAACGGAUGCUAUUGCGGAGGAGCUUUGUUUUCAUCUGGGAGAGUGGUUUCUGCAUUUGGGCUCCUACUGUAACGCAGAAGGACAAGUCCGUCAAUCCAUCAGAAUUCGGAAGGAGAAUAAAGAGCACGACUGGGAUAUGGGACAUACGAGAUUUAUGCUCCUCGGAAGGGUACUAGCUAGCCAAGGAAAGACUGGUGAGGCAAAGUUGGAACUUCAGAACGUGCUGAAGGAUAUUAAGAGGCUAUUCGGUCCAAGUAGUCUUGAGAGCCUGGAAUGCUCGUCCUACCUGGCAUGUGUGAUGAGUGAUCUCGGAAAGUACAAUGAAUCAGAGGCAAUGCUUCGGCGGGCACUGGAGGGGCUCAGGGAACGUCUUGGGCCAGAACACCGAAAAACUCUAACAAGUGUCAGCCGCCUGGCCCUCGUGCUGCAGCACCAAGGAAAGUACGAUGAAUCAGAGAAGAUGAGCCGACAUUCCCUAGAGUUGUCUGAAAGCGAUCUUGGAAAACACCACCCGGAUGUCUUAACCUGCGCCAACAACCUAGCUCUGGUACUUCAACGCCAAGGAAGGUACGGUGAAUCGGAGAUGCUCAACCGGCGUGCACUGGAGGGGCGUGAGGCGAUUCUUGGACCGGACCACCCACAUACCCUAACAAGUUUCAACAACCUGGCUAUUGUGCUGGAAUACCAAGGAAAGUACGAUGAAUCUGAGGAAAUGCAUCAGCGUGCACUAAAGGGUCUCGUGAAUGUCCUUGGGCCAGCCCACCCAGACACCCUAAGUAGUAUGAACAACCUGUCCACCGUUCUGCAAUGCCAGGGAAACUAUAAAGAAUCCGAGGAUAUGAUUCGGCGCGCACUCAACGGGCGCGAGGAGACUCUUGGACCAGGACACCCAGAUACCCUAACAAGUAUCGACAACCUGGCAACUAUACUGCAACGACAAGGGAUGUACGGUGAAUCGGAGGAAAUGAAUCGGCGCGCGAUGGAGGCCCGAGGGGAGGUUCUGGGACUGGACCACCCAGACACUCUGACGAGUGUCAACAACCUGGCUAUCCUGUUGAGACUCCAAAAAAGAUACAACGAAUCAGAGGAGAUGACACUGCGUGCACUGGAGGGGUGCGAGAAGAUUCUUGGACCUGGCCACCCGGACACCCUAAUAAGUAUCGACAGCCUGGCCAUCCUACUGCAACACCAGGGAAAGUACGGCGAAUCAGAGGCAGCGUAUCGGCGGGCACUGGAGGGGCGUGAGAAGAUUCUUGGACGGGACCACCCGGACACCUUAUCAAGCCUCCAGAACCUGGCUAUUGUGCUGGAAUGUCAAGGAAAGUACGACGAAUCAGAGACAAUGAAUCGGUGUGCACUGGAGAGAUACGAGAGGGUUUUCGGAACAGGCCACCCUCAAACCCUAGCAAUUCUGAACAACCUGGCCCUUGUACUACGCUACCGAGAAAAUUACGAUGAAUCGGAGAAGCUGAAUCGGCGUGCGCACGAGGGUCUCGUGAAAGUCUUUGGGCAAAACCACCCAGACACCCUAACAAGUGCUAACAACCUGGCUGUUGUGUUGGAUUACCGUGGGGAGUACCAUGAAUCGGAGGAGAUUAAUCGCACUACACUAGCGGGGCGCAGGGAAGUACUUGGGCCAGACCACCCACAGACCCUUACUAGCGUCAACAACCUGGCUGUUGUGCUACGAUACCAAGGAAGGUACGAGGAAUCGGAGGCGAUGCAUCGGCAGGCACUGGAGGCGCGUGACAGGGUUCUCGGACCAGACCACCCAGACGCCCUAUCCAGU